GUUGCUGUUAUCGAUGCGAAAAUGAGCUUCGAACAAAGAGCCAACAUUAAAUUUUGUUUUAAAAUUGGUAAAACUUUUACCGAAACAUUUCAAUUGAUGAAACAAGUUUAUGGCGAUGAUUGCCUAUCCCGUAACAGAGUGCACAAGUGGUUUCAAUGUUUUCAAAGUGGUCGUGUACACAUACAUGGCGAUCAACAUGUGGGCCAAUCAAAAUCCAUGAUCACCGGAAAUUCCAUCGAAACUGUGCGUGAAUUCUUCAAAAAUCAACCGAAAUCAUCAUUAAAAUUCAUGGAAAUGUAAUUGAACAUCUCCAAAACAUCGAUUUAUCGAAUUUUGGCCGAACAUUUGGGCUUACGAAAGGUGUGUGCACGGUUUGUUCUGCACAAAUUUACUGACGACCAAAAAAUUGCUCAGAAUCCAAAUUUUAAUUACAUAUUUUCGAUAUAUUAAAUUAAUUUUGCACUUAUAUUUUUCAAUUUUAUAUACACUAACACAUCACCUAUUCAUUUGCACAUAUUUAUUUUAUAUACUAUAGUGCAAAAACUGCUUUUAAUAUAUAUUUAAAUUAUUGUUGAAUUAUUAUUAUUUUAGAAUAACAGCCCUAUUCUGAAAAAAACUCUCAACUGAGGAGAAAUAUUUGAGAGAUUUCUUGUGAGGCAUAAUUUGUGAGGCUAUUCUAGCUCAAACCUCAUAAGAAAAAAGCUUAAAAAAGUCACCACGUGAGGUAAAAAGCUUUUAGCUGUCAAACAGCUGUUUUAAGAAAAAUAAGCAAACAAAAAAGUAUACAACAAUGGAUAAUCAGCAUAUGUAAGUAAUUUUGCAAAUUUUAAAUAUAUAUAUAUACAAUGAUUUUAUAUAUUCCUAAGCGUACAAAAACGGAGAGAACAACUCAGGAGCAGCUGCAACAUUACAUAAUGUUUUGCAAGCAGCAUCCUGAGUUGCAACGCGGGAAGCUAACUCCGACCAAUCCUCAAGGGCUGCAAAUACUUUGGUUGGAGUUAGCAGACAAUUUAAAUGCCUUAAGAGGCCCAACUCGGUCGUCAGCCAAGUGGAAGGAGUCAUUAAUGCAUUGGAAACACCAGUUGCGAUCGCGAGCGCGCAAACUGAAAACACAUGCGCAAGCGACUGGUGGAGGCCCCCCGAUAAGUGGAAUGCCUUCUUAUAUCCCUCCCGAAAAAUUGACUGCAGCGAAGAUGCUUAGAACAGUGCUAAAAAAAAUGGAGGACAGAGAAAAGCGAGAGGAGGAGGCCAUUGCUCUACAAAGGCAAAUUGUAGAGCAAAAUGAGCAGAUGACAGGGGUGCUGACUCAAAUGACACAGGCACUAACCUCGCUGUCAGAGGUUAUGGCUAAGUUGUCCCAAAAAUUGGAUAAAUAAUAAUAAAAAUGUAAAAAAUGAAAUAAAAAUGUAAAAAAUGAAAUAGAAAUGUAAAAAAUGAAAUAAAAAUGUAAAAAAUGAAAUAAAAAUGUAAAAAAUGAAAUAGAAAUGUAAAAAAUGAAAUAAAAAUGUGAAAAAAUGAAAAAAAAAUUAAAUAAAAUAAAAUGAAUUAUUUAAACAUAUGUAGAUGUCUUUUUAUUCAUUCUUAGAGGAAGUAAAAUGUACAGAGACUGUAAGUAACUUACAUAU